AUGAACACAAGAGGCGCAGGCAAGGAGAUGCGGCCGCCGAUGCUCCAGCGCCCCGGCGUCCUCUUGGGUCCCUCGCCUAGAACCACGAGCAUCACCGCCACUUCUUCCUCUUCUUCUUCUUCCUCCGUCUUGUCCCCAUCCUCCUCCUCCUCCUCCUACAUCCCCUCCGCCCCCGACCCGCUCUCGCCGGCGUCGUUCGUGGAGGCUCCCGAGCGGCUGCAGCCCCAUUCCCGCGCGCAGGAAGAGGAAGACGAUUAUUUGUAUGAGGAUUAUGAGGAAGGCGACGGCGAGUACGAGGACGAACAGGAGGAGGAAGUGAAGGUCAAGGUGCGGGAGCCGUUCUUUGGCACAGCCAACAGCACCACGACCACGGUGUUCCUCGGCGCCACCGCCACUCUCGACUGCACCGUGCAUGACAUCGCCAACGAGUCGAAGCUCACUCUCCCCUGCGUCAAUGGCGCCCUUUGCCCCGACAGAAAUCUUGGAAAUGACAGUGAGCGACACGUUACCUGGAUGAGACGUGUCGAUGACAUGUUGGAGCUGCUCACGUGGGACACUCACACCUACGCCAAGGACAAAAGGAAAAUAAAAACUGGCUAUUCACGAAGACUCCAGAGUGCGGAGACUUUUUCUGAUAAUCGGCUAAUACUGAAUACUUACGUCUGCACAUGUUUGGUAUUUCUGAAACUCCGAUACAUUGAUCAGCAAAAAUUGCAACAGAACAAUGGUGUCAGUGACAAUGAGAUUUGGCGGAGGCAUGCGCUCUCUGAGUGCCUCUAG